AAAUCCCUAUUGUGCAUGUCCAAAAACACAACAAUACAACGUUUUCUUAUACUACUACGGACUCUAAUAAUUCUGGGGGUUCACGCCCACAAACUCCCUCCCACUCUCUCUCUCUCUCUCCUCUUUCUCGCACACACAUACUCACGAUCCUCUGCUUCAGCCAUUAGAGCUUCAGAAUCAUCACACGGGAGGAUCCAGCGCUCGAGAACCAUCAUCUCCUCAAAGAUAACAUGGCUUUCCGUCAGUGUGUCGGAUGGACAGCGGCUCUCUGCAAAUGUUCGGAUAACUGUCGUCUGUUUUCCUGUCCAGCAUCUUUCUGAAGUGCUCCAGCUUUCCCAGUGGAGGAACAAGUCAAUGAAGACAUCAGUGAUGGAUCUUAAAGUGGAACCAAUGGACAUUGAUUUCGACCAGCCUCCGCCUCUCCAAGUGUUCGCUCACACCUCAACUCUACACGGCAUCUCUCACAUCUUCUCCUAUGAGAAGAUCACGGCUAAAUGCUGCCUCUGGGUGGUGUUUUUCCUCAGCUCUUUGACUUUUCUCAUGUACGUCUGCAUUGAUCGCAUUCAGUUCUACCUGGAAUAUCCUCAUGUCACCAAGCUGGAUGAGAUCACCACGCCGGUGAUGGUGUUUCCGGCUGUGACCAUUUGCAAUCUGAACUCCAUUCGCUUCAGCAGGAUCACGCGCAACGACCUGUACCAUGCAGGAGAGCUGCUGGCGCUGCUCAACUCCAGGCAUGAAGUUCGAGAAGCUCACCUGGUUGAAGAAAGCGUGAUGGAGGUUCUCAAGAGCAAAACCGACUUUCGCUCUUUUAAGCCGCGACAUUUCAACAUGUGGGAGUUUUACAACAGAACAGGACACGACAUUAAAGACAUGCUGCUCUCCUGCCAGUUCAGAGGCUCACCAUGCCGUCCUGAAGACUUCAGUGUGGUGUUCACACGUUAUGGAAAGUGUUACACCUUUAACUCUGGUGAGACCGGCCCGCCGCGGGUCAGCGUUAAGGGCGGUAUGGGGAACGGCCUGGAGAUCAUGCUGGACAUUCAGCAGGAUGAAUAUUUACCUGUUUGGGGAGAGUCAGACGAGUCUUCAUUUGAAGCAGGAAUUAAAGUCCAGAUUCACAGUCAGGACGAGCCUCCGUUUAUAGAUCAGCUGGGCUUCGGAGUCGCUCCAGGAUUCCAGACGUUUGUUUCCUGCCAAGAGCAGCGACUGGUGUAUCUGCCUGCGCCAUGGGGGAGCUGUAAAUCCACACCGCCGAGCUCCGAUUAUUUCAGAGCAUACAGCAUCAGCGCCUGCCGAACCGACUGCGAGACUCGAUAUCUGGUGGAGAACUGCAACUGCCGCAUGGUGCACAUGCCUGGUGAUGCACCGUACUGCACCCCUGUGCUUUACAAAGAAUGUGCACAUCCAGCACUUGAUUUCCUGGUGGAAACUGACAGCGACUACUGCUCGUGCGAGACUCCGUGCAACAUCACACGCUACAGUAAAGAGCUGUCCUUUGUCAAGAUCCCCAGCAAAGCCUCCGUCAAAUACCUUGCCAAAAAGUACAGCAAGUCCGAGAAAUACAUAACUGAGAAUGUUAUGGUGCUGGAUGUGUUUUUCGAGGCUCUGAACUAUGAAACCAUCGAGCAGAGGAAAGCCUAUGAGGUGGCUGGUCUGUUAGGGGAUAUUGGAGGACAAAUGGGGCUUUUCAUUGGAGCCAGUAUUCUUACCAUUCUGGAACUGUUUGACUACCUUUACGAGGUCAUGAAGUACAGGUUGUGCCGCUGCUCCAACAAGAAACAUCACAACAACAACAACAACACGGAUCACAACGCUGUAUUCAGCCUGGAUGAUGUUAAUUGUCACGUCAGUAAAUUCCAUUAACACUGCUGCAAUAUUCCAGCUGUUUGCCUGCCAGUAUUAUUCAGAUUAUGUCCUACAUUUUAGCAGAAGGCAUCGCAACACCAGCACGGUUGUGUUGUCUACAGAUUGUUCUGGCAUCUCGUGGUUGUUCUCUCUCUUUCUCUCUCAUGCCUACGUAUGAACAUUUUCUAGGACUUUUCCAGAAAAAGCAAAACGUUUUGUGGUUGUUCAGAACAAGCUGCUUUUGAUUUUGUCUCUAUAAGGCAGGAAUGUCAAAAACGUUAAAUAUUAAUUAAAUGGUUCGAUCUUUGUGUGCCUGGCCUUUUGCAUCAGAAAUGCGUCCGCUAGCUUGAGGGGUUUACUGUAUGUGUCCUGUUUUAUUAAUCAUGCAUCGUAAAAUGUAUUGUGACAGGCGAAUGGUUGCACAAGAGAACACCCGUCUGAAGGCCUGUAGGGUUUCUAUGAUAUGAGCAUGAUAUCAUCUCCGGUCAGCGUGAGAUCCGACAGAAGGGCUUUUUACAUUAGAUACAGUCAUUCUAAGCCCUUUAAAUACACAACAAGCUGCACAGCUUUAAAAGAUUAUGAUGCAGUGUUAACAAAUUAAAACAGCAAUACAAUGUUUAUUACUGCUCUCAAUAUAAGAACGUUAUAAAAAGUGGGAAGUAGCAUGUCGUUGUUCUCCCGAUGUUGGUCUGGGUUUCCUCUGGGUGCCUCAAAGUCCAAAGACAUGCACUAUAGGUGAAUUGGAUGAAGUAAAUUGGCCGAAGUGUAUAGCUGCGUCCCAAAUGGCACUAUUCACUCAUGCACUAUGUACUCAGCCAUAUCACC